AUGAACAUGAACUCUGAAGACGAAGUGACUGCUUUGGGUUUGCUCAUUGGACCAAGACUUCUUAAAGGUGGAACAGAAGUGAAGACGUCCACGCUUCGUGGAAUCGUUGGAGUCUACUUUUCAGCACAUUGGUGCGGGCCUUGUCGAAGCUUCACACCCCAAUUCCGCAAGGUCUACGAGCGUGCCAAAUCCAAGGGAAGAGCCUUCGAAGUAGUUUUUAUGUCAAGCGAUCAUGAUGAGCAAUCUUUCAAGGAAUAUUUUGCCACGAUGCCUUGGCACGCGAUCCCAUACGAGCAGCGUGCUCGUUACCAGCAUCUAAAUGCCCUUUUCCAAAUUCGCGGAAUACCUGCCUUAGUUUUGCUGGAUGCACACACAGGUGGUGUGUUGGAUACCAACGCGAGAAGUAGAGUCAUGGCGCCAAAUUUCGUCUCCACUUUGCCACGCUCGAUUGAUUUGGAUGCAGCCUGUUUGCCCGAAGUUGGCAGUGGCAUACCUAUUCUGGUGCGCUAUCGUGGCAAAGAGUUUGAGCUUGAAUGUGAACCUAGUGAAGGAUGGGAAAUGCUUCGCAUGCAGAUCUAUUCUAUGACCGAAGUCCCUUCAGAGCAAAUGAAACUGUUUGGUCUUGGGCUGGACACAGGUCUCUUGGACGACUCAAUCCCGCUGCCUCGUGCUCUUGCACGUGGGUUGUUUGCUCAAAAGGGCAGUGGCUUAAGAUCUGCAGGAGUUCCAGGGAACGCUCGAAAAGCUUCAUCGCUGCACAGUGACGAAAGUCUUGGUUACACUUCAGGCGCAAUCGAUUCCACAAGGGCAUGGUGCAGCAAGAAGGAUGACGAAACACCGUGGUAUCAAAUGGACCUUGGAGAGGUGAAUGAGAUUGCUGGUGUGAUUGUGGCAUCUCGCGCAGAUGCACCACAGUGGAUCACAAGAUUCAAAGUCUCUCUUGCUGACUCAGAGGACGGUCCUUGGAAGUUGGCAGACGAUGGUCGUGAAUUCGUUGGGCCAACUUUCUUGUGCCCUUGCAGAGCUGUGUUCCACAGUUCGAAUCAAGCUCGCUUUGUGAGAGUGGAGCCUCUGAGUUUUCACAACCACUGCUCACUGCGUGCGGAUGUGCUGCUGGCAAGUGAUGCAGAUCGUGACAAGUUGCCAACUAUUGUCGUCUUGGGAAACUUCAGCGCUGGAGAUGUUUUUGAGUUUGCGUCUCCAGAGACAAAGAGUGAUGCGAUGAUGGAGCAGCAACACCUAGCAAUGCUUCAGGCCAAGCUGAGCCGCCUUCCUCCAAAGUUGCAGAACCAGGCGUCGAGUUUGCAGAACGUUCUGCGCUAUGAAAGCAGGCAGCUUCAGCAUCAGGCUCUCAAUGAAAUCCCAGUUUGCUCAAUUGACACCUGCACCAGCUCUGAGAGCUACGAACUCUCCUUCAUGAAGCAGUUCGGCCCCGAGAAUUCCAUGGAUACUGCACUUCAUGCAAGCCAUGGCCGUGUGAAAGCGUUGCUUUGCGCUGCAGUGGUUACGGUGGUUGCCUGCAAUUGCUUUGUCCUGGUCGGUGACGUCAGCCCAUCAGUGAGGCAAUCCUUUGCAGGAAUCCGUUCCAAGCGUACGACUUCAACUUGGAGAACAAGGCUGCAGGAUUUGGGCAGGCAAGACUUGAGCUGCGGGCUGGUCGGACAAGAAAUCAGGAUUCAAAGUGCUGUUCUGGGAGCGCUUUUGCUGUGUGGUGGUUUAUGGCUAGCAAAGGUUCUGACAGGCCAUGUCGAGACCAUUGCAAGUCUUCUGGGGUCGUUGAGAGCUGGGGCAGCUGGAACAGCACUGGCAGCUGCUUGGGGCGCAGGAGCGGGCGCGUUUCAUUCCCUUUCUGGCCCGGAUCAUUUGGCAGCUUUAGCGCCACUUGCCUUGCGCACAUCUGGACCUGGAAGAGCUUUUCGUCAAGGUGCAUUUUGGGGUUUUGGUCAUGUCCUCGGUCAAGUGCUGAUUGGGACAAGCUUCUUGCUUCUCAGCCAGAGUCAGCUUCUGCAAAGCCUUGGGCAUGCAAAGAAUUUCGCGCAGUUGGCAGAGCAAUUCGCUUCUGUGGCUGUCGGCAUCAUCCUCAUGAUCAUUGGUGGAAUGGGUUUGAAGGAGUCCAGAGACUGGGAAGAAGAAGAAGAAGUCUGUCAAGCUUCUCCAUGUCAGUGUUUUCGGUGGAAGACUUUUGGUACCGGCAUGCUGUCCGGCAUGCACCCUGACUCACUUCUGCUGUGCUUGCCGGCACUGACGAUGCCAACAAAGAUGGCUGGACUUAUCUUCCUGACUUCGUUUGGAGCUGGUUCCAUGCUGGCCAUGGGUGGCUUCACAGCGGCUUUGCGAGCGGCUUGCAAAUCCCUAGGUCAACAAGCUGUACGGCGCACCUCCAUUGUAGCAUCUCUUCUGGCGUUGCUGUUGGGAGCAACAAUUUGUGCAACAAGUCUGACUGUUCUCUAA